CUGGUCGACAUGGCCUCCUCUGAUGAUGCUGAAGGGUGUCUGACUCCUGUGGAUUUUAUCCAGCUGCAGCAUUACAUGGAAUACAGCAGUUUGAGGGUGAAAGAUGUGAUCAAGGAGUGUCAGCCUGGAGGCCGGCUGGCCAAGCACAGCUUUGGAGAGUGCGUGGAUGCGGUGGGUUUCUGUCUCUUUCUCAAGACCUACCUAGAAGUGGACGACUUCCCUGCAGAUUUCUGCCAACGCCUUUUUCGCUAUUUUCAACACGUGGAGCAGGAUGGGUGCACAACAAGCACUCUGCCUAAAGGAGGUGGGGUCUUUCUUCGUGAUGUGUCCUGUUACUUCUCAGUGCUGGAGGAAGGACAGCCACAGGAGAAGCUUGAAUUUACUUUCAAACUUUACGAUAAAGACUGCAACCAACUCCUGGACAGCUCCGAGGUGGAUCGUAUCAUCACCCAGAUGAUGCGAGCUGCAGAUUACCUGGGCUGGGAUGUGGCUGAACUCAGACGGGUGCUCAAAGACAUGAUGACAGCGUUCGAUGUGGACGACAGUGGGACUGUCACUCUGGAGGAAUGGGUGAUGGGAGGCAUGAACAAUGUGCCUUUGCUUGUUCUGCUCGGCCUGAAGAUGACAGAGAAGGAUGGACAGCAUAUUUGGAGGAUGAAGCACUUUAACAAGCCGACUUACUGCAGCGUGUGCCAGAGCAUGCUGCUCGGCCUCAGGAAGCAGGGACUCUGCUGCACCUGUUGCAAGUACACCGUUCACAGCCAGUGUGCCAAUAAGAAUCCCGAACCCUGUUCUCGUACCUUUGUCCAGUCUAAAAAGGAGAUUGGUGUAAGGACACACACAACAACUCCCCAUCGAUGUCUUAUAGCAUCUCACGACUGGGUCAGAGCGGACUGUAACUCCACCAAGUGUCAGGUCUGCAACAAGAAGAUCAAAACUUUGGCGGGGAGGCGUUGUGUGUGGUGCCAGGAGAUGCGUCACGAUGAGUGUAUUUUCUCUGGCUUAGCGAGCUGUAAUCGUGGCCCACUGAGAGAUCAUAUACUGCCUCCGUGGGCCAUAUACGCCGUCUCAAAGGAAGAGGACAGCAGCCUGUUAAACGUCACCAAUGAUGGCCACAUCCUGCAGAUUGUUCCGAUUCCAGACUCCCACCCUCUGCUGGUGUUUGUGAACCCGAAAAGUGGAGGAAAGCAGGGUCAACGAGUGCUCCGGAAGUUUCAGUACCUGCUGAACCCGCGUCAAGUGUACAACCUUUCCAACGGUGGUCCUGCACCAGGGCUACACUUCUUCCGCAAUCUGCGUGAGUACAGGAUCCUGGUGUGUGGAGGAGACGGCACUGUCGGGUGGCUCCUGGAUGCUAUAGACAAAGAAGACCUGCAGGUGCAUCCACCGGUAGCUGUCCUGCCUCUGGGCACCGGGAAUGACUUGGCUCGCUGUCUACGCUGGGGAGGAGGCUACGACGGGUCAGACUUGAGAGAGACCCUGAAGGAGAUCGUAGCUAGCGAGUUGGUUCCCAUGGACCGCUGGAGCAUCCAGGUGAUACCAGACGACCCCCAAGACGAAGGGGACCCCGUGCCCUAUGAGAUCAUUAACAACUACUUCUCUAUUGGAGUGGAUGCCUCUAUUGCUCAUCGUUUCCACUCUAUGAGAGAGAAACACCCCCAGAGGUUCAACAGCAGAAUGAAGAACAAACUUUGGUAUUUGGAGUUUGCCACUUCUGAAACCAUCUCUGCGACUUGCAAGAGGCUGAAGGAGUGUCUCAUGAUUGAGUGUUGUGGGAGGUCUGUGGACCUCAGCAGUAAGUCUCUGGAGGGCAUAGCCGUCCUCAACAUUCCCAGCAUGCAUGGAGGCUCCAAUCUCUGGGGCGAGUCCAAGAAGCCUGAUAGUGUGCCAGAGGAGGAGCACAGUGAGGUUAUCACUGACCCUGAACUUCUUAAAACAAUCUCUCAAGAUAUAAGUGAUCGACGUUUGGAGGUGGUGGGGCUGGAAGGAGCCAUAGAGAUGGGACAGAUCUACACUGGACUGAAGAGCGCCGGGCACCGACUGGCACAGACUUCCCAAAUUACCAUCAGGACAAUCAAAGCCCUGCCCAUGCAGAUCGAUGGGGAGCCCUGGAUGCAGCCUCCGUGUACUAUCUACAUAAGUCACAAGAACCAAGCGAACAUGCUGAUGGCUGCACCAACAAAAUCAACCGGCUUCUUUCACCUCAAGUAGAUAAAAGCUUCCACUGCGUCCUCCAGUCUGCUGAGCGUCACAACAGAACAACUGAAUGAAGCAGGAUGGGUAUUUAAUAGAGAACAUCUAUCACUGUGUGCUUCCAUUAUUAAGUAUUCUAUAUGUAGUUUGCACUUGAUAUCAUUCAACAUAAUGUCAAGUACGGACAGCUUGCAUUUAGACAGAGGGUUAAGCAGAGACCACAUUAACAGUCUGAACGCUGUUAAUGUGUGCCAACUUAAAUGUAAUGCAUGUUGUGUAUCUACAGGGUACGGAUGAUGAUACAAUAAUAUGUUUGCUUAUUUUAUGUCGUAAUAGCUUUGCUGUGAUUUAUCAAAGGUACGGUAGUGUAUCGCUGCUUCAGCCUCCUGAUGCAGCUGGUGCUGAACUGUUUGUUCGGCCUUCAGAAGCUCACCGCAGCUCCGCUCGUUCAACAACAUUAUCCUACCUGUUCUCGUGUCUUUCACUGUCAGUGUUCAUCCAACUGAACGGAAAAUAUAUAAUAAUGUUUUUUUUUACUGUUUCUUGGGUAAUAGGUUAGGAUAGGUAAGAAAUGAUGUGCAAGCUUUCCAUUGUAUUCAAUACAUUGAGGUGUACUGGACACGAGUUUCCUAGAUAGUGUUGCCCUCUACCUUUACUGACAAUUCAUGUCUUUGCAUCGUCUUUGUAACAAGAUUCUCCCGUUGAUUAUGCUUCUUGAAAAUUGUCACAAAAUACUCAGAAACCUGUUUAUAUUUGUGGAGAUCAGACUGUGUUGAAGCUGAAUAUAAAGAUCUUGAAGGUUUGGUUGCACGUGACUGAGACGGAAUAAGGUGCUACAGUAUUUAUUAUGUACAUGCAAAACUGCUAUUUUCAUCUAAAUCUUCCUUUAGAGGACAAAUGUCAGCGUACCUGAAUGUUUACAUGGUCAUAUAAAUCCCAGAUAUUAAUACUGCUUACACGUGUACACCCAUGCUUCUCUGUCAUAAAGAAUGUUUAU